UCGGACGCAUUUCUCUAAAUAAACGAAAAUUCAACCAAAAAAUUAUUGUUCGCAUAAUCUACAAAACAGUAAAACGGAAUACGCGUGCUAAAAAUCAAAACGUGCCACGGAGUUGGCUGCCAAUUUUUCGGCGUCUGUGAGCAGACAAACCUUUAGGCUUAACCCUUUAAAUAUUUUGUGUUAAAUUUUCGUUUGAUUUUCCCUUUUUCGCAACAAAUUUCAAAAUGAGCUCGAUCGAAUCGAAACGCGUGCAAUAUCGCAAGUAUCUGGAACGAGCCGGGGUUAUAGAUGCCUUAAGCAAGGCCUUGAUCAAGCUGUACGAGGAGCAGAACAAGCCGGAGGAUGCCAUACGAUUCGUUCGCAAAUUCAUGUGCGAGAGCUGUCCCGAUGAUGCGCAAUAUGAUUUAAUGAAGAACGACCUCGACGAGGCCAAGACAACCAUUGCAAAACUGGAGCAGGAGCUGGAGCGUUUGCGCGGACAGAUUAAAAAGUCACCAGAGGAGUACCAGGAACUCACCUUGGCCGGCUACAAGUCCCUCACCGACGACGAGGAGAAUUUCAACUCGCUCUUGCGCAAAUAUCUUACACCCGAUUUGCUGGAGGAGUACAUGCUGGUCACCACCUCCCCACCAGUGGAUGCCUAUUUGUACGAUUGUGCUGUCUCGGGCUUCGAGCAUCACGACUCUGCCGUGGGCAUUUAUGCAGCGGAUCCAGAGAGUUAUGAUACAUUUGGGAAACUGUUCGAUCCAAUUAUCAAGGACUAUCAUGGUCUGGAGGAUAACGACAGCGAUGUGUUGCAGAAAGACACCGAUUGGGGCAAUGUGGAUGAGAUUGAGAAUCUGGAUGCAGAGCGCAAAUACAUUUUAUCUGCUCGCAUACGUCUAGCCCGUAACAUUGAGGGCUAUCCCUUCUUUCCGAAGCUAACUGAGAAGCAGUUCAUUGAGGUGGAGGAGCGGGUGCGAGCCGCUACGGAGACCUUGGAGGGAGAGCACAUUGGCACCUAUAUGACCAUGGCAGACAUUGACUCGGAGACUCAGCAGGAAAUGGUCAAGGAGCACAUUCUCUUUGAGCGUGGCGAUGCCUAUCUGACCACCGCUGGGGCCUAUCGCUUUUGGCCCACCGGUCGCGGUAUCUAUCAUAACCCCGCCAAGACAUUCCUAAUUUGGGUCAAUGAGGAAGAUCAUUUGCGCAUAAUCUCGAUGGCUCAGUGUGGCGAUCUGGGCGACGUGUACAAUCGUCUAGUCAUCGGUAUUCAGGAGCUGGAGAAGAAUUUGACAUUUGCGCGUCAUCCGCGCUACGGAAAUCUGGCCGCUUGCCCCACUAAUUUGGGCACCACCCUUCGCGCAUCGGUGCACAUACGCCUGCCACUGCUGUCCAAAGAUCAGGAUCGUCUUAGGGCCAUGGCCGAGGAGCUGCAGCUGCAGGUGCGCGGCACUGCCGGCGAGCAUUCCGAAAUUGUGGAUGGCGUCAUGGACAUAUCAAAUAAACGUCGCAUGGGCUAUACAGAGUUCGAGUUAAUCAAGUCCCUGCAGGAUGGUGUGGUGGCAUUGAUUAAUGCCGAGGAGGAACUAGAGGUGGCUGGCCAGGAGGGCUAAAGCCGCAUUCGAGAGUUGAAACCGUAGUGUGUAUGCAAAUUUUGGGGUUCACCAGAGAUAUAAUGAAUGAAAAUAAUACUUGUAUGUAUAUUGAAAACUGACGUGCAUUUCUUCGUCAAUUAUCGUUAGGGAUUGUUCAUGAGAAUAUUUUGUUGUAUAUAAGCUGAGAAACACAAAUAAAUAUGAAUAAAUUAUAAUUAUGCCCGUCAA